CACCCUGUCAGGCGUGUGUAUUCCGCGUGUGGCCUUUGGCAACAGGCGUCAGACGCCGGAGAUCACGAGCGCCGUAUAUGAAACUGUUGUUUUUCCCCAUAUAAGUGCGGUAGACUCUGCUGGAGAGGCAACAGAGUAUCAUAAUAUGGAGCCAAGCAGGAGAACACACGUACCUUCAGAUACGACAAAUGAAACUCCAAAUAACAACAUGGAAGCAAAAUUGAUACCUGACAAUGAAGGUGAUGUUCGUGUUGGAAGUCCCGUGAUCAACAGUGACCACUACUUGGACCUGGUAAAUGCGAACACCCGGCUACAGAGCCAGGUGGAAGUCCUGUCGAACAAUGCAUCUAUGUUUUUAAAAGAACGAGCGGAGCUACAAUCCCGUCUGGCACAAUUGGAAGCCCGAAACCGUGCUUUUGACGCAUCUCUGCACUCUGUCAUUAGUGCCCGCGACGAAGCUGUGGCUGAAUUAUCGCAGUUCAGAAGCCAUUUGCGCCCCACGGAGACAAGACUGCAGCAGCUGGAAUGGGAGCUGCAGAUGAAAUCUCGCGACUGUGAUAUGAAAGAUCGCAAGCUAGAUCACGCACAGCAGUUAACGGAAGAGUUUCGCAAAAAAGCCUGCGAACUGGAAGUGGAACGUGAUGAACAGGAAGGAGUGGUGGCCGCGCUGAAAAAUAAGAUCUCCGCCUUCCAGGUGCAGCUGGAGGAUGCCAGGCAAGAAAAGUUACGCUCCACAGACCCAUCGCCCCGGUUGAACUCAGUGAUGGUGGAGCGGGAUUCCCUUGCUGAACAAUUAUCCAAAACGAAGAAAGAUCAGCUGCAAUUACGCACCGAUCUACAGCGUCUUGUUGAUGAACGGCUGGAAGAUCGGCUUAAAAUGGAUGUUGUGAGGAAGGAGAAUGCGACAUUGUCGCAAAAGAUAUCCGAUCUGCAGCACACUGCGCUCAAAGAGAAGACGAACUUUCUAAAACAGCUGGAAAAAGUCGAAAAUGAACAACGUCAUCGAGAAGUGGAGUUUCUGCGGCAGAAUAUCGAGCGGGCCGGGAUGAAGGGUUCGAACGGUUCGAAAGUGCUGUCGGAAGGAGAAUGGAAACGAAUAUCUGAGCUGGUGGCACGCACCGAUGUCCUGGAAGUGGAACUGACGUCAGCGCGAAGUGAAGUGCAGAGUCUGCGUGAGACGAUGUUAACGGUGGAGCAUGAGCGGAAAGAGUUUAGUCGACGCAUCGUGGUAGCGGAUAAAAGUCUACAGGAAAGAGAUUCCACCAUUGAAUUUCUUACGGGUCGACUGGAAGCGGUGAAUGCGCGGAUGAAGGAAGUUAUGGACCGACAAACUACAUUUGAUGAAACGCAAGAACGCAUCAAGUUAUUCGGUGUUGAAAUUACGGAACUGCGGUCAAGUAAAGCUACUUUACUGCAGCAGCAAGAAACGGUGAUGGAGAAGGCGCGAAAAUCUCAAGAACUAUUAAUGGCUGCUCAACGUGAAACGAAGGAAACUCAAGCAGAAAUGAAUAGAAUCAAAAACGAGUUGACAGCGGUUUCUACGGAGCUGUCAUUGGCAAAUUCACAAAUCACUGAGAUGACCGAAAGGGAGAACAUUUUAGCGAAAGAAAAAGAGAUGUUGUUGCAGGUAAGGAACCGCCAUCAGUUGGAGCUGUCGGCGUUAUCUGUGAAAGUGGCUGAAGUGGACAACCUGCAGAGGGAUUUGUCACUUGCACGGGAACAGGAAAAUAUUUGGAAACAGCACGCGGUAGCAUGGCAGGGCUACAGCGAGCAGCUUGCGAUAAAACCUGCUGUUUCCGAAAAGCAGAGCCAAACAGAUGCCGAAAGAGUGGCGGACGGAGUGAUUUUGAGGAUAGCAGAACUUGAAUCGGAAGUGAAAGCGAAAGAAGAUUCGGAAGCAUUACUACAUGGGGUUGUGGAAGAACACAAGAAACGGUUGACUGAGUUUGAGAACCGACUGGACGAAAUGGAAGUGGAAAAAACAACACGGGAUGUUGGAGUGGCUGAACUGGAAGCGGAAUUGAGUAUCCUUAGAAGUACUCUGGAAGAACAGAAGCAUGUUGCUGUACAACACCUGGAUACCAUUUCUCUGUUGACCAACCAGUGCAGUUCCUUAGAAAAGGAAGCCGAAUCGCAACUCCAAGCACGAGAAGCGCUGCAGGCUGAAUUUCAAACAUUGCAAAUACAUUUGGACACGGUCGAAAAGGAAAUCUCCAGCAGCCAUGAGACGAACGCCAGUGUGUCCGCUUCACUGAGCACCGCGAUUCAGCAGGACGAAGAACUGGCAAAGAGUCAGCAGCUGGAAACCUUGCGACUACAGCUGUUAUCAGCGGCAGCUGAAAAUCAGCAUCUCCAAGAACAACUAGAUGGAUUGCGUGGGUUAGCAACUCCACCAAACUUCUCUGUCGAUCCAACCGUUGUCGUUGUCCUAGAGCAGAAAAUUCUGAUAAUGGAAUCUGAGCGUAAGACACUGGAACAGAAAUUCGAGGCUUAUGUGGCCGAAAUGGAAACGUCCGCUGCUCAGCGAGAUGAACAGUGGCGGCUGUACUACUGCAGUCAGCAGGACACGUUGGAACAGCGUAUUGCGGUGUUGACGGAAGAAAAUGGAAAAUUAACGAAAGAAAUUCAAAAAUUGAGCGACAAUAUUCAAAAAGAUGCGUCCAGUAAUCCUCUGUCAAUUUUGGCAGGCGAAGGGGUUUCUAGUGAAGAUUAUUCUGCGUUGUUAGCGGAAAAAAUCAGUGUGGAAGAAGAGCUGGUGUGGUUGCGAGAAAAAGUUGCGUUUUUGGAAGCAGAAUUUAGUCUUGCACGGAAUGCUAUCCAAAUGCAGCCUAGCGCAAUUUUGCCAGUCAGUGACAUUAGCGAGCAUCCUCAAAACGAUCAUAACCCAGAGAAAAAAAGGAUUGUAAUACUGGAACAGCAGCUGCAGGAAUUCAUUACUACCACAAAACAAAAGGCUGAUGAAUAUUCCGCUGUUGUCGCCGCCAACGCGUUACUUCAGCGUCGUCUGCAAGAAUUCGAAGAGUAUGUCCGCGAUUUAGAUGCAAAACGGCAGACGGAUGACCAGAAAGUAUUUGAAACGUUGCAGCAGCAAUCUAGUAUAGUCAGCGAACUGAAUCUUUUGCGAGAAAAGUACAGAUUAAGCGAAGAGGAACGCGUUAGCCUGCUACAGCAAAUGAAUGAUGCUACGUUAACCGCGUCGCCCAUGCUUCACGACAAUGUAAAGCAACAGCUUGAAAAGCGAAUUGAAACACUGGAGGCUGAUGUGCGGAAUUUUAGCGUUGCGACGUCCGAAUGGCAAGAAAAGUAUUUUAAUUUGCAGAAUUUAUUGGAAAGUGGCAGUCCAGCAACACCAUCAAGUAGCACUGCUCUUUCGCCUCUACCAGAGAACGGAGUACAGGAUUCUGAUCUGAUCAAAUCGUCGGUGCCAAAGGCAAAGAAGGAUCUUAAACAACGGAUUGCUAAACUGCGAAAACAAGGCGAAAUGAAAAAGGGUCACAUGGAGACGAUCCCCGACGUGGUCAGUGUGGUUCCCGAUGAUACAUCGGCGGCAGUCGGUGAUGAAGCACCUAUGCCGGCGCUGAUUGCAUCCCUGGAGGACGAGAAAUUAGCUCUGCAGACGCGCGUGAGAUCCCUGGAAGACGCCUUAAUGAAAGCGCAUGAUGAAUGUGCCGUUAUGUCUUCAUCGUUUUCCACAUUGCAACAGCAGUUUACCCAGAUGCAAAGCGAAGGCAAAGCGGUGCUGGAAUACUCGAAUACAUCUUCACCCGCCCCUUCUGUGACGGAGGAAAGCGUUGACUGGAGCGGCAAAAAUCCCAGAGGGAAAAUAGAUCUCAAGCAGCGUAUCUCAAAACUUCGGGAUUUAAAAAAGCAGAAGCAGGUUGAUGUGGUCGCUGUGGAAUAUUUGCAGCAGAGGGAACCUCUCUCGGUCGAUUCGGAAAGAGAGCAGGAACGGAAGAAUUUCGAUUACGUUAUCGAAAACCUCACCCGGUUGAACGAUAGUCUGACUGAUCGGUUAGCCAAACUGGAAGACAAAAAUGCCGCGUUAGAAGAUCAACUGGCUGCUGUGCGUUCCACAGCAAGUGACAGAACUGCUAUUCUUGAGGGCAGUUUAGCGAAAGCUGAAGAAAAAUACGCGACUGUGCAGUCGCAAUAUUCGGCGCUGCAGAAAGAACAUGGCGACUACAUUGCACAGCUUUCUAGUGACCUGCUUGCUCGUGAUGAGCAGUGGAAUAAGUUCAUGGCGGACGAAAAAUCGGAACACAAAAUGGCUGUUGAUCAGUUACAGCUCAUGAACAGCGCAUUGUUAGAACAGAUUUCGAAUUUGGAGAACGAGAGCAGACGGCUCGUAGAUCUGGCUGCAGAAACCGGGAACAGCGGGAAAACGCGCCUGGAAGCCAGUGUCCAACAUGAAGUAGCUUUGACAACCGAAAGCAACAGAACUGCUGACCUGGAACGCAAGUUGCUGGAGGCGUCGCAGAAGUGUGCCAAAACGGAGCUGGAUUACUCGAUGUUGCAGAAGGAGUACGAUAAUUAUGUUGCCCAGGCCACUGGCGACGUAGUUUCUCGAGACGAACAUUGGAAUAAAUUUGUAUCGGAUCAGAAAUCCGAAUAUGAACGUAUUCUUCACGAUAUGUACGAAAAGAGCGGUGCUCUUUCCGAACAGAUCGCGCGCUUGGAGGUGGAAAAUAAUCACCUGAGAGAGCAGGUUUCAAAAAACAUUGAAACAGUAAACGCAAAUGAGACAUCAGCCAGUCUUGAGAUGAGUGCUGCAACACAGCGAUUGGAGUUUUUGGAAGUGGAGAGAGUGCAGUUUUUGAAGGACAUUGAGGUUUUGCAGCAGACUAUGGCUAUGCAGCAGAAUUAUUCGGUAACCGGCGAAGCGGAACUAGUACAGCUGCGGCACAACCUGACCAAUUUGCAGGAUGAGAACAACGUACUGGAAGGUCAACUGGAAGCUCUGCGAGCCUACAUUCAAGCGCGGGAAGAAAGCAUUGGGCAUGAUUCCGAAAUAAGAAAUAGGGAAAGUGCGUUACUGGCAUCACAGCUAAAGGAGGCUGUGCAACAUGCUGAAUCUUUGGAAUCCGAGCGAACAAAAUUGCUGAGUGAUUUUGAAUCAUUGCAGCAUACUGUCGAUAUGCACCAGAGCUCAGCCGUUUCUGUCGCCCAGACAAACGAAGCAGCCGUUCUCGAAGUCGAGCACCUGAGACGGAAAUUAACGGAUACGAUACAACAGAACACCUUGUUGGCGGAGGAGCUGGAAAAAAUGAAAGUGCAGCUGAAAGAACACGAAGAGCACGCCGCUGUAACUGAUCAGCAAAUCGGUCAGUGGGAAGCAUAUAUUUCCGAACAGGAUCGCACGAAUGAAUUAAAGGUCACCGAAGCGGUCAGACAGUUGACGAGUCAACUGGAAGAUGUACUUCGGAUUAAUUCGGAGAAUCAGUUGGACAAGCAGAAUUUCUUGGAGGUGAUUGCUAGUUUACAGAAGCAGUGCCAGGAACUGGAGAUUGAGCGGAGCCAGUUGAUAAACAGCCACGAAGAGAAGAUCACGGAAAUGAAUUCAAUCGUGCAGCAGCACGAUGAAGAAUGGAAGAAAUUUCUGUUGUCGCAGACCGAGGUGAUGGAACGAGAAAACACACGGUUGACAGAGGAAAUGGCCAGCUUUAAAGCACAGCUGGAUAAUUUAUCGGCUUUACAAGAGCGCUGCGAUGCACUUGAGAACUCACUAAAUGUGGCCAAUCAGACUGAAACUGAUGUGCGCUCUCAGCUGCAUACAUCCCAGUCGGAAAUAUUGGAAAUGAAAGAAGCAUAUUCGGCUCACGUUGAAGCCAUGAAUAAGUCGGUUGCGCAGCACAACCAGGAAUACCAGGAUUAUAUAGCACUGCAAAACACGCGUUUUGAAGAAGAAAAACAGAAAUUGUCGGCUGAAAUUGUCGAGCUGCAAGCAUACGUGGCAGUGCUGAACAGUCAGAUGAAUACUGACGGCUCCGGCAGGGAAAGAACAGAAAUAUCAACAGUAGUUGAAGCGAUGGAUGAUCGGGAAAGUGAACAUCUCCGGGCGGAAAAUGACAGACUGAUGAAAGAAGUCAUUGCACUGUCGGAACGUUUGGCUGCUGCAACUCAAAACUCCAAGGAAAACCAGCAGCUUGUGGACGCCGUUCCCUCACUUGCGAAUACUCGCGCUGUCCGACAACAGUCACCCGUGGCUUUUACCAGCAUGCAUUUGCAGCCGACCGUGCAGUCGAAAUUCGCCGUAAACUUUGACCCGUCCCCUUCAAUAUUCGACGAAAUCUUCGUACGGGACAGCGGAGCUGCAAAUAACGCAGGGGAUUUUGCGAGACAGUUUUCGGAUGUUCCUGCUUCCGAUGCCAUUCAAGCGACCAGACUAGAAGAUGCCGAAAUGACGAAUCGACUAAGUGAGCUGACAAGACAGUUAACGGAAUCCAGUACACGGAUCACUCAACUGGAAGAAAAACUGCAAAAAUCUGCCGCCGAUGAAAUCAACUUCCAAAAUAUUUCUAAUACUGUGCGCCAGCUGGAGUUCGACCUGCACCAAACGAAAUCUGAAAUGGCGCAUGUGCAACAAGGAAAAGAUGAUCUUGAGUCUAAAAUCGAAAUUUUGGAAGCCGAACUCUUCAGGUUUCGGAAAACAGCAGAAAGUCAAGUUCAGUCUACUGAAGACGCAACACAGUCGGAGGUACAACGAUUAUCCUCUGAACUCCAGCUAGCAGAAUGUAAAGUAGCCCUACUUGACGUGGAAAUAUCCCGAUUGGAAAAACUGCUGCACGAGAAAGAUACUGAAAGAGCGGUUGAGCUGGCGGCCAUGUCCGACCAACUGGCUGCGAACAGAGCCGAAUAUGAAAUCCAGGUUCAUCAGUUCCAGCAGGAGUGGGAAAGCUAUUUCUCCGAGCGCACCUCCUCAUUGGAAACGGAAAAUGCCGCUUUGAAAAAGCAGAUGGCGGACUUGAUUUCUACUGCGUCAAACCGACAAUACACCGAAACGGAACAGUCGUGUCAGACCGAAACAGUGGGCCAUGGUGGCACAGAUGUGUGGAAUAACUUCGCGGCAGAUGUUAAUAAUUUACCACUGAAUAUGGAAUCGCCGUCAUCGGAAUAUGCCCAAACCAUGGACAUCUUCGAACGGACCAUCGAAGAACUGACCAAGCAACCGGCGGGGUGCAUUGCGUGUGAUCGCCUGGCCGAGCAACUGAAAGCCACGGAAACGCAGUUGGACGCCUUAUCUAGUGAGAUUGAGAAACUUCACCAGCAGUCGGCGUCGGACUCGGCAUUAUCCCACGAGAAUGAUUGUUUACGGGAGAAAAUACUAGCGUAUGAGGAGUUGUUAAGCGGCGGAGAAAAUGGCGAAGUCGUAAAGGACCUUGCAACUGACGAUUUCGAGGAUGUUAUCGGGUUAAAGGAAGAUCGAAUGCGUCUGCAGGUGGAGCUGUUGGCCGUGCAGGAAGAACUGGAAAUGCUGCGAAAUAAUUCAGAUGUGGGCUUGACCUUUCCGCCGCUCCGCGAUGUUCCAGAAAAGAUUUCCGUUGACGCGACAACACAGAAGGACUGGGAUAUCCGGGUUGCGGAGUCACAAACGGAUGCGGUUGAGAGUGGGGAGGAUAUGCGACUGACAAUACAGAAUUGGAUUGAUUACGCUGGACAGCUGGAGUCACAGUGUAGUGACCUUUCCGUGAACAUUGCAUCACUGGAACAACAGAAAAUUGUUUACGAAAGGGAAUGCUCUGAAGAAAUUAACCGGCAAGUGAAGGAACAGGCAUUCUUGUUAUCGGAGCAAUUACGGAUAUCAGAAGAUGAGCGGGAAUAUUUUCGGCGUCAGCUGAUGAACCCGGAAGCCAUCGCUCGACAUGAAGUUCAGUGUCAGACGGAAAUCGAUGAUCAUGAUGAUGUGAUAAUUUAUCAAUCAACCAUCAGACAGUUAGAACAGCGCAUCGUUUCCGCGGAAGAGGAAAUCAUUCAGAGUAGAACAAUGUCGGAAGAGAUCGCAGCGAGCUGGGCAUCCAUGUACCAAGCGGCGCAGGAGGAAUUAGUCUUGCUUCGGAACGAAAUGGAUAAACCUAAGGACAAUGAAACGCUUGAUCGCAUGCAGAAUCUGACAGUGGAGUUACAAAAGGCUAGUGGGAAGAACUUGGCGCUGGAACAGCUGAAUUCUGCACUCCAGCAACAGAUAACAUUCACAGAAGCCCAGCUGAAUGAAAAAGAAUCGCAGUUUGCGAUAAAUAAACAAGAGCUAGAGGAAUCACGCAUCCAUUUGGUCCAGUUGAAAAUAAAAGUGGAAAUGGAGAAGGAAGGGCUGAUCGCGCGUGUGGAGUUUUUGGAAGGCGAAAUGGUCCGUAAGGAGGAAGUUGCUGCAGAGCUGCGCGACCAGAUUAUGUAUCUGCAACGUGAGGUUGAUGCCGGACGGCUGAAAAUUGAAGACCUUGAGCAUCAGGCAGAGAGUCGAAGUAAGAAGAUUGAAGAGAAACAAAGAAGGAUUCAAGAAUUGCGAGCUGAGAUAAAGCGGUUGCGGGAGGAGUUGAGUGGCUUGAAAAGUGCGUUGGAUGAGAUGGAUCAAAAGAGAAAGACGGUGGAGAUGGAAAACGCCGGGUUGCAUGUUCAGAAUGCCAAUUUGGAGCAGGAAAAUAAGAUUUUAUCCGAAGAAGUGGAGCGUCGACAAGUUCUUCAUGAUGCUUUCCGAACACGGGUUAGUCAAGAAGCAUCCCUGCUCGAUGAAGAAAUACAGGGACUACGCGAUCACCUUCAGACUCGCGAAUCUGAAUUCAGAGAGCUAGAAUUAAUUUUUAAUGAGACGAAACUGGAAAAAUCGGAUUUGGAGAAGCGUUUACGAGCAGAAAAGCGACGUAAUCGGAAUAGCUCGCUUUCUGUCCACAGCGAAUCCGAUAGUCGCACUGGUAAAUUAUCCCAGAACGGCGAAGCAUCAAACAAAAGUCCGUAUCACACAUUGUUGAGUCUCGUGGAAGGAUAUGAAUCUCCAAAAUCGUCGUCGACAUUAAAAUCGUGUAUGAACAAUUUGAAAUCGGAAAUCGAUGACCUUAAAGCCCAGAUGGACCUGCAUAUCCAAGUCGUCCGGAGCAAAAGUGAUAAUUUGGUGUGAAUGCGAUGGCCAUUGGGAGCGUCCCCAACUUCGCACUCCGUAUUAACGUGUCUGUUUCGUUUCGUUGUCAACCCUGGUCUUUCGUUUUUAAUAAAAACUUUUAAAACUUACCUUUUUUGUUAUUUCAGCCUUAUUAACCGGUGGAAUGGUUUUGUGGUUUACAGUCAUAUUGAUAUUCCUGGCUUUUACAAGGGCAUGUUUUAUGGAAGUUUACAGCUACCUAUGUACUUGUAACGGCGGUUUAGUUUUGUGAUGGCAGUUCUGAGAGAUUUAUACGGGCAUGUGUUUAAUUUGAAAUAAAAGUGCUACGUACAUAA